AUGAGCAGAGGGUCUAGCACCUGGUUCGCAGGGCCAUUGCGGCGAGCGACGCACCUCCUCGUGGGGAUUCUCGUAUCGGCCGUAUGCGUCACAGCGAUCCGAUAUAACGACACGCUUGACCCAUGGAACAUCAACAAGAAUCAAGACACAGACGACGUGUUGCAGUACACUACGCCAUUGCGAACGACUCCCUACUUCCCAUCGCCAAAGAACUGGCGUACUUUACCGACAUACACUCUCCUCUUGGACAAGUGGAUCGAUGGAGACCCGGACAACAACGACUUCUUCCGCCUUAUCUACGAGUAUGACUGGCGUGAGACUCAGCUUCGUGCUGGUGGCGAUGUCAUUGGCCUCAUGGAUGAGCGUGGUCUUGACUACCUCCAGAGUAUGGGUUACGAAGCCAUCUACAUUGCAGGCACCAACUAUAUCAACAUGCCAUGGCAGGCGGACGGUUACUCGGCCAUCGACUUCACAUUGCUGGACCCGCACUUUGGCAACCUGACAGACUGGAAGCUCUUUGUCGACCGUCUCCACGCCCGCGGGAUGUACAUCAUCUUUGACUUGACAGUCGGAACCAUGGGCGACUUGCUCGGCUUUGAAGGUCACUUGAACUCGUCCACGCCGUUCUCCGAGGACGAGUACCACGCGGUCUGGAAGCGCCCCAACUACGCGCCGUGGGGCCUCGACUACUACCCGGACUUCAACUAUACCAACGAGUACAACAAGUCCUGCGUCUACCCCACCUUCUUUGACUCGGCUGGCAACAUCAUCGACCCCGGCCUCACAGGGUGCAUGAACAGUGCAUUCGACCAGUACGGUGACGUCGAGGCGUUCGGUACCCACCCCGACUGGAAACGUCAGCUUGCCAAGUUUGCGUCGGUCCAGGACCGUUUGCGCGAAUGGAAUCCGUAUGUCCUCGAUAGACUCAAGCACUUCUCCUGUCUCUGUAUCCAGGCGCUCGACAUUGACGGUAUUCGUAUCGACAAGGCCACGCAGGUCACGGUCGACGCGCUGGCGGAUUGGGGUUACUACACACGUCAGUGUGCCAAGCAGCUGGGCAAGGACAACUUCUUCAUCCCAGGCGAAGUCACUGGUGGUGACACGUUCGGUUCCAUCUACUUUGGCCGCGGACGCACACCCGGUAUGCGGACGACGUACAUGGAGGCUCUCAACCUGACGAACAACGACGGUUCCAAGUUCCUCCGCGAGGAAGGACACGCUCCCCUGGACUCGGCUGCGUUUCACUUCUCGGUGUACCGUGCGUUAGCUCGCUAUCUGGGCAUGGACGGCGACCUCACCGUCGUCCCGGACGUUGACGUCAACUUUGUCAACGCGUGGAAUCAAAUGCUUGUCAACAAUGACUUCAUCAACCCACAGACUGGCAACUUUGACCCUCGGCACCAGUACGGCACCACCAACCAAGACGUGUUCCGCUGGCCGAUGAUGGCGAACGGCACUCAGCGUCAGCUGGCCGGCAUGUUCGUCACCCACCUCUUGAUGCCGGGUAUUCCCAUCACGUGGUUCGGCGAGGAGCAGGAGAUGUACAUCCUCGACUCCUCGGCAUCCAACUAUCUCUACGGCCGUCAGGCGAUGGUCGCUUCUCCUGCGUGGAAGCGUCACGGAUGCUACCGCCUAGGGGCAGAUCAGUACUACAACCUGCCCUACGACAAGGUCACCACAGGCUGCUAUGACCCGCAGGUCGCUCUCGACCACUUUGACCCGACGGCUCCGAUCCGCCGCGCGUCCCGCAACAUGAACUGGAUGCGUCGCACGUACCCUGCCAUCCAGGACGCGUUCAUGCUGUCUGCGUUCACCAGCUACACCCGCUUCGAUAGGUAUCCCAACUCGGAUCGGGAUACCGAGAUCGGUGUCUGGGCAGCGGAGCGUACUCCGUCCGAAAAGCAACGACAGGACGGCGGUCCCGGCGGUCCAUGGUCGGAAGAUGGGCAGAUCUCGCAGGUCGCGUACUACAUCUACACGAAUGAGAACGUGUCCACGUCCUAUAACUUUGACUGCUCCGACCCCCAGAAGUGGAUGAACACGUCGUUCACGUCCGGGACCACGAUCAAGAACCUUCUCUACCCCUACCAAGAGGUCACACUGGAGUCGACCGGUGUGUCGUUCUACCAAAACGGUCUGGCCCCAUACCGCGGUUGCAUCCCCAAGUUGGACCUCGAGCCGUACGACUUCCGUGUCUACGUCCCAAUUUCACGCUGGGUUUCCCCUCCGCCCGCCCUCAGCGGCUUCACCCCUGGCCAUGACGCUCGUGUCGAGUACGCUGGCGACAGUGUCGAAUUCGAGCUCCAGUACGACCAACCGAUGGAUUGCGUCAGCCUCCAGGCGGUCACCAACCUCACCUACGUCGGCGAGUCUGGCGCCAACCCCGUUCUCACCUGGCCAGCGGAUGCUUGCCUGAGUAUCAACGGCGAGGCUUACCCGUAUGUGUCCGUCACUCCGUCGGCAUGGCGCAUGAAGGGUGUCAUUACCGGCGCGGCCGAGGGCAUGUACCGCAUCUCGAUCGGCAACGCGUCUGCCCAAGCAGCUGGCAGCGGCAACGGCACGAUUGGCGGCGGUACUACAGGCUUUACGGAUCACUUGCACUUCCGCUACGGCAAGGCCGACAACACGUUUGUGUUCAUCGACAACGACUACGAUAACUCCAUCUUCUCGGCAUCGAAUGGCGGGUUCACCCUCAACCACAAGGCCUGGGGCGCGGACCGCUUCCGGUACUCUGCGAACUAUGGAAAGACCUGGACUGCUUGGGCGGAAAUGGAGGCCAGCACGAGCCUCAACGCGAGCAUGUUCGUUGAAGCGACUAUGUUCGAAACAAAGGAUGACGAGAAGCUCUGGGAAGGCGACCACAUCAUGGUUCAGUACUGGUCCAAGCUCGCUGGCUCGGCUGGGCACGUGGUUCACGCCGACGCAAACUGGAACGGCGGCCAGCGCCGUUACCCCCAGAUGCUGCUGCGUGGAGGGUUCAACAACUGGGGCUAUGACCUCGGCAUGCCCAAUAAGUUUGAGCACACUGCUGACAGCAUGUGGGAGAUGCCCAUCAUGAGCGCAUGGCCUGCACAGUACCAGCUCAACAUCUGGGCCUUUGACGACUACUUCUACGGCGACGCGGACGGAAACGGCGUCAUCGACCGCCUUCCCCCAAGUUCGCUCACGCCCAACUUCCUGAACGUUUCGUUCCCUCCCAGGCCUCAUCUCGCAUGGCAGCUCCAGGUCAACGACAAGACGGGUCGCUGGGGCGUUGUUCCCAUUGGUCACGAAGGGUCGUCGAUCAUCGCGUUCGUCCUCCUCAUGCUCCUUCCUCUCAUCACCGCGCUUGUCGCAGCGGGUGUCUUCCGCUAUUCGUUCUACGCGAUCAAGAUCAACAAGUGGGGUGUCAAGCCGACCAGCGGGGGCUCGAACUAUUUCCCCAUUGUCGGUGGAGCUAAUCACGGCGAGAAGAAGGAUGGCUCGCAUCUUGGGCUCACCGAGAAGGUCGUGCACCACGAGAAGGUCAAGCCUCUUGAGCGCAUGAUUGGCUGGCCAGAGGACACCAACAAGCGCCGCAAGGUUCUCAUCGCGACUCUCGAGUACGAGAUCACGGACUGGAAGCUCAAGGUCAAGAUCGGUGGUCUCGGUGUCAUGUCGUCUCUCAUGGGCAAGGCAAUGAACGACGUCGACAUGAUCUGGGUGGUACCCAAGGUCCAGGACCUCGAAUACCCACAGGGCGACUUUGCUGAGCCCAUCGAGGUGAUCAUCUUCGGCGAGCCGUACCUCAUCGAGGUGGAGACGCACUGCGUCGACAACAUCACUUUUGUGAUCCUCGACUCGCCCGUCUUCCGUGCCCAGACCAAGUCGGACCCGUACCCUCAGCGCAUGGACGACUUGUCUUCGGCCAUCUUCUACUCGACCUGGAACCAGGCUAUCGCCGAGACAAUUCGCCGCUUCGAGGACAUCGACAUCUACCACAUCAACGACUACCACGGAGCUCUGGCGCCUCUCUACCUCCUUCCUCAGAUCAUGCCUGUCUGCCUGUCGCUCCACAACGCCGAGUUCCAGGGCCUGUGGCCUCUGCGCACCAAGGACGAGAUGAAAGAGGUCUGCGCGGCGUUCAACAUCUCCAAGGAUGUCUGCUCCAAGUAUGUCCAGUUCGGCAACACGUUCAACCUCCUCCACGCUGGUGCGUCGUUCAUCUCGCAGCACCAGAAGUCGGUUGGUGUGGCUGGUGUGUCGGACAAGUACGGCAAGCGCUCAUGGGCUCGUUACCCGGCCCUCUGGACACUGCGUAACAUCGACUCGCUCCCCAACCCCGACCCCACGGACAUCGCCGCGCUCGACGAACAGCCUGUCGCAAUGGACAAGAUCCAAGUCGACAAGGACGCAGAGGCCCAGCGUCCGGAGCACAAGCGCCAAGCACAGGAGUGGGCCAAGCUCAAGCAGGACCCCAAGGCCGACCUCUUCGUCUUCGUCGGCCGUUGGUCCAAGCAGAAGGGUGUCGACCUGAUCGCCGACGUCAUGCCCUCGCUGCUGGAGAAACGUCAGAACAUCCAGCUCAUCUGUGUCGGCCCCGUUAUCGACCUCUAUGGCCGUUUCGCUGCCGAGAAGCUCGCCCGUCUCAUGGAAAUGUACCCGGAUCGCGUUUUCUCCAAGCCCGAGUUCACCCAGCUCCCACCCUUCCUCUUCUCGGGUGCCGACUUUGCCCUGAUCCCCUCGCGUGAUGAGCCGUUCGGCCUCGUUGCCGUCGAGUUCGGUCGUAAGGGUGCGCUCGGUGUUGGCGCGCGUCUCGGUGGUCUUGGUCUCAUGCCCGGCUGGUGGUUCCCCGUCGAGUCGCCAGCGGCCGAACACAUGCUGUCGCAGUUCACCAAGACGAUCAAACUUGCGCUCAAGUCCACUGAAGAGGAGCGUGCGAUUCUGCGCGCGCGUUCUGCGGUUCAGCGUUUCCCUGUCGUCGAGUGGCGCCAGCGCCUCGAGGACUUCCAGAAGCGUUCGAUCACCAUGUCCCGUUCCUUGGCUGGUGAGCACGCUUGGGGCUGGGAGUUCGCCGACCCGAACGGUCCUCCACGCUCGUCGAUGCUUCCAUCGCGCGACAGUAUGAUUUCGUUACAGCAGUCCAACCGCCCUGGCUCUCCCGACUCGCAGCUCUCAGUGGCAGCCGCGGACACUCGCCGGUUAUCGGAAAACAGCGAGCAGCUUCCUCCGGGAGCUGCCGCUUCUGACGACCGUGCGAGCUUGGGAGUCGACUAUCACCGCCGGUUCGACAAGCACCAGUCGUCAGACAAAUUCUACGACGAGGACCCGAGCGAACAUCGCGGGCGCCCCAAGUUCUUUACCGGCUACGACGACGAUACGGAGAGCCACAUCUCGUCCGAGCGCGACACAACUAUUGUGGCACCUCACGCCGCGAUGGCGGAUGGCGGUACUGGCCACGUUUACGACAACUUCCUUGCCGCUGCCAACAGGCAGUUUGCCAAGACGCAGGGCAACAAGAAUGUUCCCGACCCGUUCAUGGAGCGCCGCAUGAGCUCGCUGAGCAUCGACUCGUCCAACUUUGCGCCUCCUCGUCCGUUCUCUAUCCACUCGCGCGUUUCGUCCUUUGACUCGAUUGGCUCGUUGGCCGACGAGAAGCACUCGUCUUCGCUCAACAAGGCCAUGGACACGUUUACCGACGCCGACGGCGAGGUCGCUCAGGCCUUCGUCCAGAAGCUGCGCAGCCUCUCGUCCGGCAACUCGAAGGGCGACUUGUGUAUCGAAAAGUUCCUCAUGAAGAGCGAGAAGCAGUUCUUCAGCGACAUGAAGAAGGAGAAGCACUCGGCAAUGAGUAUCCGCUCGCGCGACUCGAUCAUGGCUGGCCGCACGCCAUCGACCCUAGACGGCUUCCGCGCCGACUCGCCUGUCCAGUACUCGAUGUCAGGUCACAGCCACCCCGAAGAUUUCCACGAGUCGAUGAUGUUCAACAACGACGACGACGAGAAACCCAUGACGCGCAUCCAGGUGUUCAUGGACAAGCAGAUUGGGGGAUGGCCUCUCUACGCCAUCGUCAUCUCCCUCGGCCAGCUCCUCUCCGCGACGUCGUUCCAACUGUCGCUCCUGGGCGGUGCCAACACGCAGACGGCCACCGACAUGUACAUCAUCUGUGCGAUCUUCGUCAUCGCCACGUUCCUCUGGUACACGCUAUUCCGCAUGCGCCCCUCGGUUUACGUUCUCACCAUUCCUUGGGCCAUCUUCGGUGUCGCGUUCUUCCUCAUCGGCUUCCCCUCGCUCCGCGGCCCCUUCACCGCUCCCCGCAAGUGGAUUGUCCGCGUCGCGACAUGGUGCUACGCUGUGGCAUCGGGCGCAGGUUUCCUCUUCUUCGGUCUAAACUUCGGUGAGGAGGCUGGCGCAGCCGCUGAGGUGUGGAUCAUGCGUGCGUGCGUCGUCCAGGGCCUGCAGCAGAUCUGGGUCUCGGCGCUGUGGUACUGGGGUUUCACGCUCAACGGCACAAACCCUCUUACGUUUGUCGUCCCACGCGCCAUCAUCUACGUGGUGUGGCCGCUGGCUGCCAUGUCGUUCUCGUUCGCCGUGUUGAUGUACUUCGGCCUGCCCGAGUACUACCACCAGAUCCCGCCGUACGUGCCCAACUUCUUCAAGACGCUCGUGCGCCGCAAGCUCGUCAUCUGGUUCAUGAUCUCGGAGGUCCUGCGCAACUACUGGCUCUCGACCGUCUAUGGCCGCAACUGGCAGUUCCUGUGGCGCGACGCCAACGUCCCGACGUGGUCUGUUGUGAUCAUGAUUGUCAUCUUCUUCAUCGGCAUCUGGGGUCUGGUCAUGGGCAUCAUCAUGAAGUUCGCCAAGGUCCACGCAUGGCUCCUUCCCGUCUUCGCUGUCGGCCUCGGCGCGCCGCGCUGGUGCCAGAUGUUCUGGGGCAUUUCGGGCCUUGGUUUGUAUGUGUCGUGGGGCGGCGCGGCCGGCCCCUACAUCGGCACCUGCCUGUGGCUGUGGCUCGGCGUCCUCGACGCAGUCCAGGGCGUUGGUCUCGGCAUGAUCCUCCUCCAGACGCUCUCACGUCUGCACGUGUGCGCGACCCUCGCCGCAGCACAGUUCAUCGGCUCGAUUGUCGUGAUGCUUGCCCGCGCGACCGCGCCUAACAAGGAGGGCCCGGGCAACGUGUUCCCGAACGCGGCGUACUACGACCCGGCGACGGGCGCCAACAACCCGGUCAAGCACUGGGAGUUCUGGGUGUGCCUGGUCUGCCAACUGAUCAUUCCGUUUGGCUACUUCUUCUUCUUCCGCAAGGAGCAGCUCACCAAGCCCUAG